AUGACCGACCUUGAGGAGAACAAUCCGUUAAUACCGCCAUCUCAAGCAGAUACCGACAAUGAAGGUUCAAUCUAUGGCCAAGACUUGAAUUGUCCUAACCCUCGUCAAAUCUUUAGGAUUUGCACCAAUCUCAAAUUGUUAUUAGAUAAAGUCAUACCUGUGGUGUUUGCCAAGGAAGAGAUAACCAGACCUGAUUCAUCGAUCCUCAAUGAACAGGUGAUUCAAUUGGUCUAUAAAGCUGCUGGAGGAAAAGGUAAUGGUGAGAAAGGUACUUCAUCAUACAAAUACCGUGCUAGUCUAGUGUUUUGCUUAUUAAAAUGUUGUGAUUGGUAUUGGCAGCAAAGCGAAUUUGAGCUAAGCGAUAACGAAUUGUACUCCCUUCGUGCAUUGAGCUGUCAGACUUUGGCAGCUAUUUUAAUCGAUAGAGUGAGCCUGGAUGACAAGUACUUGUUCUUGAGCAUGUUAUGUCACAGAUAUACCAUUCAUGUUAAUGGCAAAGAGUCAACACCAGUGAGUGCUUUGGAAAUGGCUGUUGAUAUGCAUUCAACGAUAGUCAUUGGCUCGUCUGGGUAUCAAAGAUGUAUCAAAUGGUUAUGGAGAGGUUGGAUUAUCCAAUCGUCAACCGAUACCCACUCAUACGUUUUGUACAAGGGAGUUUCCUCUCAUUCUAUACGAACACAUUUCCAACCAGCACGUAUCAAGACUCCAUUGUAUCAAAACAUUCUUGAAGUCUUUUUCAGUUUUAUCUACUUGGCUUUGUUUUCAAUUAUCCUAGGCACCCACUCAACCAACUUUGCAGAUUUGGAUGUGUUUGAAGUGACUUUUUAUUUGUUUACGCUUGGUUCUGUAUGGGAUGAAAUAGUCAAGUUUUACCAUGUUGGAUGGAACUAUAUUGGAUUUUGGAAUGUAUUUAACGAUUUUAUGUACUCCAUAAUCUCAGUUGCCAUAAUAUUCCGUAUCGCGAGCAUCAAUACCCAUGGACAUUGGAGAGAUAAAUACGACGAAAUGUCGUAUAGAGUUUUGAGUUGUGCUGCUCCAUUGAUGUGGACAAGACUCUUGUUGUUCUUGGAUGCUCAGAAGUUUGUUGGUGCAAUGAUUGUUGUGUUGAAAGUUAUGAUGAAGGAGUCGUUACUAUUCUUUGUCUUGUUGUUUGUCGUUAUAAUGGGCUUCUUACAAGGUUUCAUUGGAUUGGAUGCAUCAGAUGGAAGCAGUGAUGCUACGAAAAAGAUCCUUAUAUCACUUAUGAAAGCAGUGAUUGGUGGGUCUGAUUUCGGCGAUAUGGGCAAGUUGGUUCCACCAUAUGCUUCGAUAUUGUACUACUGCUACCAGUUCUUAUUAUCGGUCAUAUUGAUGAACAUCUUGAUUGCAUUGUACUCAACGGCUUAUGCAGCAGUUGUAGAGAAUGCUACGGAUGAAUAUUUUGCACUCGUUGCGCAAAAGACAUUGAGAUAUGUCCGUGCUCCAGACGAAAACAUUUAUGUCCCGCCAUUCAACCUUAUUGAAUUGGCCAUGACACCCUUGGGCUGGGUAUUGUCAGAAGCGGCAUACAAAGAUUUGAACUAUUAUGUGAUGCUCGUGAUAUACUCGCCUUUGCUUUUGUAUAUCACCACAGAAGAGUUGACUACAGCUAGAAGGAUCUCAUACAAUAGGUUCAAGGGUUUACCGGAUGAUGCUAAUGAAGUUGACACAGAAUGGGAUUUGACCGAUGGGUUUGGCGAUAGUGACAGAGAUACCUCGGCGCUGGAUGAGGCAAGCACACCCGAAGAGUGUAUCAGAGAACGCAACUCUGAAGUCAAUCAGGAAUUGAGGUUACAAAGAGAAGGCGAAAGGCAAGACCCCGAGUUUUUGGUCAACAUGAGUGGAUUCGAACAAGAGAUUAAGCAAGUGGUUAAGCCAGUAAAGGAUGCUAGUAAAGUAGGGCUCAAUUGGGAGUUUUAUGAUUUGUACAAAAAAAUCGAUAAAUUGACGGAACUUGUCGAAGUCGUUGUUGAAGAGAACAAGGAAUUGAAGAGGAAAAUUGGAAAUUAA